GGGGGGCCUGGGGUCCAGCAGGCGAGGGGCAGAGCCGCGGCAAGUAUCCGCGGGGAACGCCGUCGGGGAGUUGUUCAAAACCUAGUAUCGCUUGCCUGGUUUCUGGCGGCAAUGGCCAUCUCAAUAUACAAAGCCUUCGGGGACCUUGGGGAGAACUCAACUGCUCACAACCUUGUACUGGGUCUGCUAGUCUGCUGGCUCCCGGUUCUCGUCGCCGCGGCAAUCGUUGACAGAAACCAAAUGGGCUCCCACUACGUCCGCACCAAGCUGAACAUUUUUCUGCGGAAAACAGUGAAGAUAGCGCUCAUCCCGAACGCAUUUCCGGGGGUGAGGGAGCCAAACUUCUUCAGAGGGUUUGCUGGCCAAGCGCGAGUCUGGUGGCAUUCCGGUGCGGCUCACUCAAUCCUCCAAACAAUGGAGGCUACACUCGAUAUGAGGCGAGAUUGGUUAGCGAGAUACCCGAACACCGACGAAAUAUUAGCCAUGAGAACCCACUCUGGCCUCUUGAUAUUCGACAAGAGCCAAGGAUGGCAGAUCGCAGCUGCCAUCAUGAUUGUCUUCUCCUGCAGCAUUGGCGCCCUUAUCGUCAGAUAUUUCACAUCCGCGCUGCCGCUCCGGAGGGUACAUGAUCUUCGGUCUCAACGCAUUCUGCCUGCUCGCCGAAAUGACCGCAUGGGUAUUCAUGAACCCGGGACCGCAACGGACGGUAGCACAGUGGUUCUUACGCUUCUGCGAAUUCACAAGCUCUUGCUGGCUUGUGUGCAUUAUCAUGCUGCAGACUUUCGGUAUCUACAAUAGCUGCUAUUGCAAGUCGAGCACGUGGGGUGGCGGAGGAGGGUACGUGGAAUUUGAGGAUGUGCAAUACUGCGAGUCACACAACAUCGAGAUCAGUUGGUUACUUGGUGCACUUAUCACAUGCGUGGUCUCAUUUUUGGUCUUCUGUAUGUUGUUGAGCAGUGGUGCACACAGAGAUUCCUAUGGACACAAAACUGGGACUCGGCCAUGAAUGGACUC